AUGGUCUCACAUGUGAUUUUUGAUCUCGAUGGUUUGUUACUCGAUACCGAAACAAUUUAUGAAGCCGUUCUCGAGAAACUAAUGAAAAAGCAUGACAAGGAAUUCACAAAAGAAUUAGCAGGAAAUAUCAAAGGGCAAAAGGAACGAAAUGCUCUCGAAUAUCUUUUGAAAGAGCUCGACAUCGCCGACGUAAACAUAGACGAAUGUAUGGACGAGUAUGAUUCUAUUCUCAUGGAAGAAUUCCGUCACUGCAAAGAAAUGCCUGGUGCUGAACGAUUGAUUCAACAUCUGCACGAUAAAGGUAAAAUUCAAUAUCUGCUUAUUUGA